CCAGUUUUCAAAUCUUCCUACCGCGCGUUCCUAGCAGCAUUGUCUACCGCAUUACACAUUGACUUAAUUACCAUGAUGUGAUUGGUCACACUAAUAAGCUGGUACUUUACCUAGUCAUGGAAAUCCGGAGACUCUCCCGACACGGAAACCAUCCCGACCGAACUUAUCAACGGACCUACAAGGCCUGUAUAUCCUGCCGGCAACGGAAGGCUAAGUGUGAUCUGGGGACGGGUCCGGAUGGACUCCCUCUUGGUCCUCCUUGUGCGAAAUGUCGCAGGGAACAGAAGCCGUGUCUGUUCGACGAGAAGCGGGCCUGGGAGCGGGUGAAGAAGCGAGGGCGAUCAGAAGAUGAAGCUGCAUCUCCUUCGACACAGCUCAGGUUGACCAGCGUUGCCCCGCACAACAUAGUUGCUACAGGUGAAGCGACCGUGCCAGCGCCUGCUCAGGGCCUUAGUCCUGUAAGCCAUGGCGCCAGUCGUGCAGAUGCGGCAGACAGCUCACAUCAGUCAUACGAUAAUGAUGCCCGAUCACACAGGACUCAAUCUACAUCGAAUCUGGCCAACUCAAUGAUGCGCACUGUCGUUUCUAGCGGGAAUGAUGCCCUCAACAUUCUUUUUGAGGCAGCCAAUGCACAAAGUCAGGAAGACAGUGUGAUAGAAUCGGACUCUAUGGCUGAAAAUGAGCAGCAUCGAGCAGGUCAUCCGAUCACUUGUGAAGGUUCCUUGAGGCAAAUAGAACUCACGGUUCCUCCGGCAGUCUUGAAAAAGGCCAUGCGUCCGGUCGACCUCUCUCAUGUAUCGAAGGACGUCUUGAGUGCUUGGGAGGCAUGUCGAUUCGUCAGGAUGGGAUGGUUCACAGCUAGAGAAGCUGUUACGUUUAUUGAUCUGUUCGUAACCUUUGUACAAACUCAAUUAUUGACAGAUUUCUAUGCCGAUCAUAAGAACCACCGUUGGUUGAUCGCACAAGACCCUGUUCUCUGCUGUACAAUCUUGAUGAUAUCGUCCCGAUACCAUGUACUCCCUGGUGCUGGCGGCCAGUCGCGGAAUUUCUUUAUUCAUCACAGACUCUGGCAACACUGCCAGCAGCUGGUGACGAGACUCAUCUUUGGGCAAGAGCUUGCUUCGCAGCCGAAGAUUCGGAACAUAGGCACAAUAGAAGCGCUUCUGCUCAUGUCUGACUGGCAUCCACGCUCACUCCACUUUCCCCCAGAAAGUGAUGGAUGGGAUUCCGACCUGGUCACCAUAGAUCUGGAGUCCACAGAAUACGGAGAUGACGGUACCAACUCGUCAGCAAAGCGAUGGGCAAAAGACAUGAGUGAACCAGCUAAACGAUCCGACCAGAUGUCAUGGAUGCUUCUGGGUUCCGCAUUAUCUCUCGCGCAUGAGUUGGGCAUCUACGAGACCGGAGAUAAAACACGCGAUGCUUUUGUCGCCUACGAACGGUUCAUGACAAAGGAUCAGAUGCGCUUGCGACGCCAGAGGGCGCAACGGUUGUUGUACGUAUAUGUCAAUCAGUUAGCGUGGCGGAUAGGAUGCGUAUCGCUCAUGCCGCAAGGCUUGAGCCAUUCCAUCCUCAAUCGACAGACAUCUAGAGAAUUAAGCCAAUAUGGGGAAGAAUGGCUCACAUUCAUGGACUCCUGGAUGGACCUGACGAAACUCGCCAAAUCUGUCACGGACAUGUUCUUCCCUUCUGUUGCUUUCGCACGACAGCAACUUCAGAGUGGACGGUAUAUUGACCUCCUGGACCACUUUCGUCCACUACUUGACAAGUGGAAGGAGCGAUAUCUUCAGCCGCAAUCUGACUUAACUGAAGUGCAUGACAGACCUUUCUAUGACGAUAUUUUCAUCGAAUAUCACUUUGUCCGCGUCUAUACGCACUCUGUUGGAAUGCAGGCUGUAGUUGAACGUGCGAUCGCAGAUGGAAACGCAGAUGAGGAAGUUCGUCCCAUGAACAUCGACCCCAUUGACUACGAAUACAUCCAAGAAGUCAUAGAUGGAUGCUGCCAGAUACUGGAAAAGGUCACACAGCUUGCUGACAUUGGGGCACUACGGUUCUCGCCAGUUCGAAUAUUCGUCAGGAUCACAAGCGCAUCCAUAUUCCUAAUGAAAGCACUCAGCUUGGGAACGCGUCAAGCAAAACUCCGUGAGUCGCUGGAUGUCCUAGAAAGAACAAUACAAGCGUUGAGAUCAAAUGCCUUGGACGACAUACACCUAAGCACACGCUACGCUACUUUGCUGGAGACUCAUGUAUCGCGCUUGCGACGAAAUUUAGUCGCCUCAUGUAAGAGUGUCAAAAGACAGCGCGGGUCAACGACACGGCACUCAAUGGUGCCUCCAUCAUACGCAAGUGCCACAAGUGACGAGACUGCCCCACUGAUAAUGAAUGCUCCAGUUCCCCAGAAUAUGUCAGAUAUGGGGUUUACACCGUCAUUGAAUGACAUCGCUGCUGAUGACUGGCUAUCUCUUCCAUUCGACCCAUCCAUGGCGCCGUUCAGUAUUAGCAGUGGGGGCAAUUCCCAGCAUAUGAAGGCGGCGCCUUGAAUUUCAUAUGGAAUCUACCUUCUUAAGCCUUUUUAUCGCUGACAAUCUUGUACAUAUUCUCUUGUUGAUCUAUACCCCCAAUUGCUGGUAGAUGAAUUUCUAUAGGAUUCGCAUAAUUCGGAUAUGCCAAAUAAAGGCACUUUGGCU